CCACCCGCCAAUGAAUCCCCGUACCGCCCAACAACUUCCCCUCCCCAACCCUGUUUCCGCCUCACCACCCACCUGAAAUGUAGCUCUCCCCUUCCCCCUUUCCCCUUCCAUCAACCCUCUCAAACCCACCUCCCACCAUCUUUAUUCGCCCCAAACGCCGCCCGCGCGCACGAUGUCCGACCCCCCGUCCCCCUCCACCAAACCCUUCCUCCAAGCCGUCAUCCUCGCCCUCCUCACCCUCGGCUUCUUCGCCUCCUGGCCGCUGAUGGCCCUCUACGUCGCGAAGAACGAGACGCCGCCGUUUCCGGCGAACAGGGACAUACACUGUGCGAGCUGCAAGGAGGUGUGCGAGAGGAGUAGGCUCUUGUGUCGCCGGUUGGCGUGUUAUGAGUAUGAUGGGAAUGCGAGGGAGCUUAGGCAGAUUGAAAGUCUGGAGCGGUGUUGGGGGAUUGAGCAUGGGAGGGAUGAGUGGGGACGGGUGGUGGGAACGUAG